GCCCAUUACUCGAUUCUUCCAAUUCCGAAACCAAAGGCCCACUUUGUUGUGCGGGGUCUUCCUCUUUUUCUUCGAGGGAACCCUAAUUUGACACUGCUCUCGUAAUCGAUGCUUCGUUUUUUAUUUAUCUAAAUACUUGCAAAGAUGUCGAGCGCUUCAGGUUUUUCUCUGGACGAUAUCAUUGCAGAUGUAAGCGCUUUAGAUUUGUCUCUAAAUGAUAUCACCAACAACAGCAAAAACUCCGGAUUCGGUCCAGCCCGACACGUCCCCAACCGCGGCGCCAAUCGAGCUUCUCCGUAUAGGGCCCCGAAGGUGGAUAUAAGUGAUGUACCUACUGAUACGAAGGAUAAAGAUGAUAUUCUUGAAAGUGAAUUCCUUGUCACGAAACUGGCAUCCUUAAGUCUCUGUCAAGGAAACAACUAUCAGCAUGAUAUAUUUCAGCGAGCUAAACAUUUGUUAUCAUGCAAGGCAUGCCAUCUGGACAUCGAAUGGCGCUGUAAAGUUUGUCCCGAAUGCAAUGCUUAUUAUCAACAGGAUCAUAAGUUGACAAAGGAUCCUUCCAAUACCAUGGCUGAGCUUGAUACUCAAAAUAAAGAAUCUAGGCAGAUUCGUGUUGUUCAGAUUGGGAUAUUGCUCCAUCUUAUAGUGCACGUAUCUCAGUGUCGUACUCUACAAUGCCAAGAUCCAAAUUGUCGUAAGGUGAGGUGGCUCUAUCGGCACUUGGUACAAUGCAGGACAACUGCAUCUAGAGGAUGUGUUCUUUGUAAGAAAAUGUGGUCUCUAUUGUUAGUUCAUGCAGCGACAUGCAAAGAAUCUGAAUGCCAUGUGCCACGUUGCAGAGAUCUAAAAGAACGCUUAAACGCCAUCAAAGUCGCAGCAAAUCAAAAGAGGGAAUGAGAAAAGCUAAGGAGGGAAAUGAUAAGUCAAUAGUGAUAUGAGCAUAUUGGGGCAAUCCAUGAGUUAUUCGGAGAGUAGCUAAAAAACAGAAGAAGAUGGAACUCCUGAUGUUGUGAGGAACAUUUUCUGAUUUUCAUAUGUUAAUGUCAAAAGAUUCAUAUUUUAAAUAAUAUAUUUAUGCAAGUUAUUAGCUACUUUAUUUGGAUUGUAUAAA